UGUGAAAAAUAAACACUGGAAAAGAGGAGUGAAUUUUUGCAAUUUGCACGCAUUUUGGGGUCACACAAAGAUAGUGAAGAGAUAUAAUUCGAGGCUCUGCGAGAUGGGGAAUCAGCUCGUGGGCAUUGCGCCCAGUCAAAUCUUCCCUGUGGAGCACUAUUUGACGGGAGGUGCUUUCUUCGAGUCAGACUUGGCUUACGAGACGAGCAUGGGUAGCACAAGAUUCUUCAAAGUGGCCAGGGCGAGAUCCGACGAGGGUUUAGUGGUGAUAAAAGUGUUUGUCAAGCACGAUCCGAGUCUUCCGCUCGAGAGUCACGCUGAGAAGUUGGAGUUUAUCAAGAAGAAUCUGGCCAACGCCGUCAAUUGUCUCCCCUUCCAGAGAGUUGUGUUGACGGAAAAGGCUGGUCUGAUCAUGAGGGAGUUUGUGAAGCACAGCCUGUACGAUCGCGUCUCCACGCGUCCCUUUCUCACCACCACGGAGAAGAAGUGGAUCACGUUCCAGGUGCUGUGCGCCCUGCAUCAGUGCCACAAGCAGAAGAUCUGCCACGGCGACAUAAAGCUGGAGAACAUCCUCAUCACGUCGUGGAAUUGGAUUUUGCUGGCGGAUUUCGCCUCCUUCAAGCCCACUUUCCUGCCCGACGACAAUCCCGCCGACUACACGUACUUCUUCGACACCAGCCGCCGCCGCACGUGCUACAUUGCGCCCGAGCGCUUCAUCCAGUCCAUCGCGAACGAGGCGCAGCCCAAGGAUGGGCCGCUGGUGGGCGACGGGCCGUGCUACUCGGGCAGCUUGACGCCGGAGAUGGACAUCUUCUCGGCCGGAUGCGCUCUGCUAGAGCUGUGGUGCGAAGGCACGGCGCCCUUUGAGUUCUCGCAGCUUCUCUCGUAUCGCCAAGGCGAUCAGGAGCUGGUGACGAAGCAUCUCAAUGGGAUUGACAAUUUGCGCCUGAGGAACUUGAUUGCGUCGAUGCUGAACAGAAAUCCCGCAGAGCGCAAAUCCGCCGAGAUCUAUCUGGAUCAGGAGCGUGGCUCUCUCUUCCCCGAGUACUUCUACACUUUCCUCCAGAGCUACAUGCAGAUGUUCUCCUCCAUUCCCAUCAUGCCGCUGGACGACAAGAUCAUGCGUCUGCACGCGGACAUCAAGCAGAUCAUCAAGAUGCUCACCGGUGUGGAUCCGGAGGAGCGCGAGCACGCGGAGAAGGCGCAGCGGAUUGACCAGAGGAGUGAAAAGAGCGGAACUGAAGACGAUGGACUGAUUCUCGUCACGACUGUCGUCACGGCGAACAGCAGAGGACUUCACUAUUGCAACUCCAAGCUGUCUUGCAUGGAGAUUCUGCAGGAUUUGGCUGAAUACACAUCCUCAGAAGUGAUUCUGGAUCGCAUUUUGCCGACAAUUCUGUAUUUCACGAAGGAUUCCACGCCUCGUGUCCGUUCCACGGCCAUUGACACUCUGACGGCGUGUCUGCGAAUGGUGCGACGAUUGCCGCGGAGUGACGGCAAUGUGUUCCCCGAGUAUGUCUUUCCCAUCAUCUCUGGCAUGGCCACAGACACGGCCAAUGGCGUGCGCGUGGCUCUGGCGAGGAAUCUGGGCGAUUUGGCAGAGACAAGCGUGCGUUUCCUGGAGCAAACGCGUCUCAACAGUCCAUCGGAGUAUCAUCAAGUGCGCUACGACAGAGAGAUGACGGUGCUGCAUGAUAUGGUGCAGCUGAUGACGUCCAGUCUGCUCACGGAUGCGCAGGGAAUUGUGAAGCAGACGCUAAUUGAGGCGGACAUUACGAAAUUGUGCAUUUUCUUCGGCAAGAACAAGGCUUACGACGUGAUUCUGUCGCACAUGAUCACGUUUCUGAAUGACAAGGAGGACAAGCAUCUGCGCGGAUCCUUCUUCGAGUGCAUCGUGGGCGUGGCGGCGUUCGUGGGCUGGACGUGCUCGGAGAUCCUGAUGCCGCUGCUGCAGCAGGGAUUGACGGACACGGAGGAGAUGGUGAUUGCCAAGGCCAUCAGGGCGAUGUCGGCGCUGGCGGAGUUGGGAUUGGUGGAGAAGCCGGCGCUGGUGGCGUUCAUCACCGAGGCGGCGUGCUACAUGAAUCAUCCCAAUGGAUGGAUCAGACAUGAGAUCUGCGGAUUGAUCGCCACGGCGACCAGAACACUCACAACACUCGAUGUGCAGUGCAAGAUUGUGCCGGCGAUUGCGGACAAUCUCACCACGUCGCUGAUUCUCAUUGAUCACACGGAGAUUCUCAUGGAUUGCCUUCAGCCGCCAAUUCCGCGUCCGGUGUUUGACAGUGUGGUGAAGUUUCCCGAUGUUGUGCACUUCUUCCGGGCGCUGGAGGAGCGUCGUGAGGCGCGCGUGAGAGUGGCUGAUGGACUGUUGCCGCAGUACGGCGGAGAGUCAGGCACGGCGAUUAGAAACCUGUUCAGGCGUCUCAGCGCCGAGGGAUUGACGGAAUUGGCGGAGAAUCAGUUGCUGGCCAUGAAGAGUCACAUUGUGAAGUUGAACAAAUACAAGGCGGCAGAGCCGAAGAGUCUCGCUGAUGGACGGAUGAGUUUCUCCAGGAAGAUGGGCGUGACGCAUGAAGUGCAGCUGCUGGAGAAGACACACAAGGUGGACGUGAAUGCGGCCAGGAAGUCUCGCAAGGUUGACGUGGACAUGACGAUGAAUUCGGAGUGGCAACACAUGUUUGGCGUGCUGGACAUCAAUUCUGUCACGCCAUCGUCGCCGUCAAAUGAGUCUGGAACGUCUGGAGGAGCGGGAAAUAGUCCGCCGAUGGUGAAUACUCAAGUUCAGCCAACGCCAACGUCAUCGCUGGUGGAGUACAGCAUGCCGGAGAGGAGUUUCCUGCAGGAGCGCUUCUCGGAGUGUCGCCUGGACUUGGAGUCGCUGCAGUCGAAGAUGAAGACGGAGCAUUCAGUGAUGGCGCUGAACAGGGAUUACGAUCCCUUCGCCUACUACGCGCCCAUUCCGCCCAAUUGGCGCCUCAAGGGGACGCUGGUGGCGCAUCUGCACGAGCACAGGAGAGCCGUGACGCGUCUCAGUCCGCUGAAGACCUUCGGAUCGUACUUCGCGUCCACGUCGGUGGACGGAACGGUGCGCUUGUGGGAUUGCAACAAGCUGGACGGCCAUCAGUCGAUCAACAGAUCGCGUCAGGCGUAUUCGGCCAACACGCCGCUCUACUGCUUGGCGUCCUGCGACGCCGGACAGUCGCUGGCGGUGGCCGGGAAGGAUGGAACGCUUCUGCUGCUGCGCAUCGAUCCCAAUUCCAGCAAGAUGGCGCUGCAGCAGGCGGUGCAGUUCGAUCCGGAUCCGAAGUACGACAAGGCGAACAUCGAGGCGAGCGACGGGCCGGUGGUGGACAUGCAGCCGCUGGAUCAGGGCGCGCAGAGCCUGAUCGUCUACGCCACGCUGUACGGCGGCAUCGUGGGCUGGGACAUCCGGGCGCCGGGAUACGCUUGGCGUUUGCAGAGUGAUCUCAAGAAUGGCGUCAUCACGACGCUGUGCGUGGAUCCGACCAGCUCGUGGCUGGCCGUGGGCACCAGCGGCGGCAGGCACUCCUUCUGGGAUUUGCGCUUCAAGCUGCCCAUCGCCGAGAUCAGACAUCCGCACGAUGCGCGGAUCAGGCGGAUUGCCUGUCAUCCCACUGAGAGAUCGUCGAUCAUCUCGGCGUCGCAGGGCAACAAUGAGGUUUACAUGUACAACAUCGAGACGAAUCACAGGCAAAUGGCUCUGUGGACCAGCUCAGCGCCGCCGCUCUCCAACACCAAUCCCUCCAAUCAUUCCGCCAUCGCGCUGCUGCCCGGCAUCUCGGACAGAUCGGAGUUCCUGCUCACGGCGGGAACAGAUCAGAGGAUCAGACACUGGGACUUGAGGGAUCACACCAACUGCUGUCUGGUCGUGCCGUCGCCCAAGGAUCACUUGUCGGCGGCCAACACGUCGUACGAAUAUCGCCUGAUCGACGGCACGAAGGUGAUUCAGGAGAUCGACACGCGCACGCAAUCCACGCUGUCGACGGCCGCUGGCGCCGCGGCGCGCAACAACAGCGAAGAAGUGCCGCGCUCGGGCCCCGAACCGCCCGCCUCGGGUCACAUUGACAUCAUCACGGAUCUGGUGCUGUGCAAGUCCACCAAGCAGACUUUCGUGGCGUCCUCGAGUCGCGACGGCGCCAUUAAGAUAUGGAAGUGAGGAUGGACUGACUUUAUUCACAAAACUCAACGCGCUUAAAGGCUACAAAAAUAUCUUACAUGCUAACUUUUUGAGACUCUGUGCUGAAGCGGCGGCUUUGCUCGCGUUCCGGUGAUAAAUUUGUCU